CACUUCAAUCGGUUGUCGCCCCAGUGGCCGCCCCGGAGCACGUGUUGCUGCCCGUCUGCGUCAAGGCUGGGUAAAUAGAUGACUGGCUAACAGCGCCGGGAGGGGCUAUUUAAGAAGCAGGCUCCCGCCGGCCCACCUUGAACUUGGCUCGGCUCCCCGGCUCCCCGCAGCUCCGGUGGGAACGCGAAGCCCGCUGAAGCCAUGAACGGAGGCGUGUGCCUGUGCGUGCUGAUGGCUGUACUGGCGGCGGGCACCCUGGCGCAGCCCGUUCCUGCAGCGGACCCAGCGCGCCCAGGGGCGCAGCCGGAGGAGGAGGCGCCCCGCAGGCAGCUGCGGGCCGUGCAGAAGGUGGACGGCGAGCCCCGAGCGCACCUGGGCGCGCUGCUGGCCAGAUACAUCCAGCAGGCCCGGAAAGCUCCUUCUGGCCGAAUGUCCAUCAUCAAGAACCUGCAAAACCUGGACCCCAGUCACAGGAUAAGCGACCGAGACUACAUGGGCUGGAUGGACUUCGGCCGGCGCAGUGCUGAGGAGUAUGAAUAUCCAUCCUAAGGGCCCUCUACCUGGUUGCACCCCAGGAAGCAACCUCCUGGUUCAGAGGAGGCAGAAUACGAAAAUAAUCACACUCACAACCCAUUGUCUCUGUGACAUUUUAAGUAUCUAUUUAUUAAGUUUUCAAUGUGAAAAAUAUGUCCAUACGUGUGUCCGGUGCAACCUCACCCCUCGCCAGAAUUGUGCGAGCGGAAGACAAACGGUUCCCCUCAUCUGGGGCACCUGGUCCUAAAGUGUUGCUAUGCUAUUAAAAUGAUUUCAUCCUGCGCCCUA